GCCACUACUAAUUUUACGGGUGUGAGAUACAUCACGUGCAGACGGUGCAGUGCAGCUUCUUUCAACUUUUUCACCCAUUUUUGGAGCUUUGCAUUUAAUAAAUGUACGGUCUAAACUUGUGGGCUUAAAUGAUACAUCAAAGACUUGUAUUUUCCCAAAUUGCAUCUUUCAGAUGCACAUCACACCCAUCAACAAAAUGAUGCCUCUAAGCUCAUAUUUUAUCAUAGCACUUUUGUUUUCAUUUACAUCUUCAGCAGAUAUUCAGGAAAACUUUGUUCAGUGUCUAUACAAUUAUCCUCAAAACGCUACCUCAAUCUCCAAGGUUGUUAACACCCAAGCCAACUCCUCAUACUCCUCUAUACUACAAUUUUCCAUUCAAAAUCCUAGGUUCUCCAACGCAAGCUCCAAACCCCUUGUCAUAGUCACACCACUGGCUGUUUCCCACAUUCAAGCCACCAUAAUAUGUUCCCAACGCCAUGGCCUCCAGAUCCGAACUCGAAGUGGGGGCCAUGAUUACGAGGGUCUCUCCUACGUUGCCAAGGUUCCUUUUGUCCUCAUUGACCUCAUCAACCUUCGAGAAAUCAAUGUGGACGUAGAAAACAGCACUGCAUGGGUUCAAGCUGGGGCAACUGUUGGUGAACUUUACUACAGUAUUAGCCAAAAAAGCACAACACUAGGCUUCCCAGGAGGUGUGUGGCCCUCUAUGGGCACUGGUGGCCACUUCAGUGGUGGCGGCUAUGGAUUCUUGAUGCGUAGGUACGGUCUCGCUGCUGAUAAUAUAAUUGAUGCACACAUAAUUGAUGUCAAAGGCAAUGUUCUUGAUAGAGAAGGCAUGGGUGAGGAUCUGUUUUGGGCCAUUCGAGGAGGUGGAGGAGCAAGCUUUGGAGUCAUCGUGGCUUGGAAGCUGAAACUAGUUCCAGUUCCAUCAACUGUGACGGUGUUCAAAGUUCCAAGGACAUUGGAACAGAACGCAACCGAGAUUAUCCAUAAGUGGCAGCUUGUGGUGAAUAAACUUGACGAUGGCUUAAUGAUUAGGAUCAACAUAGAAAGAGUAAACUCAAGUCAAAGUGGGAAGCCAACAGUACAAGCUAUAUUUGAGUCCAUGUAUCUUGGAGGUGUGGAUGAACUCAUUCCCUUGAUGCAAAAGAGCUUUCCAGAGUUGGGUUUGGUCAGACAAGACUGUACUGAGAUGAGUUGGAUAGAUUCCGUUCUCUAUAUAGCUCGAUCUACAAGUGGUCAACCCCGUGAAGCUUUGCUGAAUAGAACUGGUAUUGGUUUGCCAUUCUUCAAAGCAAAAUCUGAUUAUGUGAGAGAUCCUAUUCCUGUUGUUGGUUUACAGGGGUUAUGGUCCUUGUUUUAUGAAGAUGAAGCUCUAGCUGCUUUUAUUCAAUUCACUCCUUAUGGAGGUAAGAUGGAUGAGAUUUCGGAAUCUGAAAUUCCAUUCCCACACAGAUCUGGAAAUAUAUUCCAUAUUCAUCACUUGGUGCGUUGGCAAGAGGAAGGGGAUGAGGCAGCACAGAGGCACGUGGAGUGGAUUAGAAGAGUGUACACUUAUAUGGAAGCUUAUGUUUCAAAGUCUCCUAGAGCUGCAUAUGUGAAUUAUAGAGACCUUGACAUUGGUGUAAAUAACGAUGGGUACACAAGCUAUAGCCAAGCCAGCAUUUGGGGUCUUAAGUAUUUCAAGAACAACUUCAACAGAUUGGCAAGAGUGAAGGCCAAGGUUGAUCCUCUAAACUUCUUCAGAAAUGAACAAAGCAUACCUCCUCUUAAGUCCAAGGGACGCAAAACGCAAAUAGAAAUCCUUGGAGCUGCAAAUGCGAUUAUAAAAUAAGCUGCUUAUUUUGUUAUUGUUGGUUAUUUGAAAAUAUAGAAUGCUGGAAUGAGUGGAACUCUAAGAUAUUGACCGUUUA